UGUAGACGAACUAGAAGAUGAAUUAGUUGUGUCACGAGCAAAAGCCGUCAAGUUUGUUUCCUAUGUUGGCGCAUGGCCUCUAAGGCCUUGGAAUUCCAACUGCAACGGCAACUAAUGUCCUAGUUACCGGACUUGGGAAGACGGAGACUAGUAUAAGCCGCUAUCUUAAAAUUAUAUGAACGGCUCCAUUGACCUCUGUGGCUUUGAUCUGGUAGUGGUUUUAUUUAGUCAAAGGAUUCUCUUUGCAAGUUGAAUCGAGUAGAAAUGUUCCUUUAGAGCUGCAACAGGAAUCUGAGCACAGGGAGUGCAACAGCCAUGCGCAGUCAGAGAAUAUGAAUCUGCGCUCUGUAUUUACCUUAGAGCAACAGAGGAUUCUACAACGUUAUUACGAAAAUGGGAUGACAAAUCAAAGUAAAAAUUGUUUUCAGAUGAUACUACAAUGUGCACAGGAAGCCAAAUUAGAAUUUAGUGUAGUACGAACAUGGGUAGGCAAUAAAAGAAGAAAAAUGCUCAGUAAGAGUAAUUCAGAGUCAACACUACCUGCUCCAUCAGCAUCCUCAAGUAUUGCUGCCCCCGCUGUAGAGGUAACAAUAAGAAGUGUGCCAAAUAGUGUUCGAACUUCAAGCCAACAAGCCACUCCAUCACCAUCCAGUAGUGACUUUAUCACUGGUGUGUACACUCCAACCCAGAGUUCUAAUAGACAGGUCUCUUCUAUGCAGAGUAGCAGCCCGGUAACUGAAAUCCGCAAAAGUCCACCUCUGCGCCCACCUGCAAAAAGUGAUAUUGAAUUUCAACAAACUGUUCUCAAACCAAGGCAAAUUUCAGUGCCUAAAAGCACUUCUGUUACCUUAAGUGAUAAAACAAUCUCUUUGUCAAGACAUUUAACUGUGCCAAAUCCCAGCAGCCCAUUGUAUAUCCACACUACAAAGAACUAUGGUACUUCAAUGGUCCAGGAUGCAGACAGGAGUCUUCCGAAAGCUGUAGCAUCUUCUAGACCAUAUGCAGUCGAACCAGUUGCAAAUCAAAAGUCGUUUAAGCCUGAGCAUUUCAGUUCUAAUCUUGUGUCUUCUGUGCCCAAGAGCAUUAGUAGGAACCCUAUUCAGAAUUUGCAGAAUCUAGAAAUUUGUGAAGUUUUUUCAUUGGCUACACCUGAAAGACUCAGUGGCAGAACUGCAGCACAGCACCCAACUCGAGGUGAUAGUGGCAGCUUUUCUAUUGCUAUGGAGACUGGUAAUGUGGAUGAUGAGUAUGCUAAAGAGGAAGAACUAGCCUGCAUGGGUGCUCAGAUCCCAAGCUGCAAAAAAUUUUCAGAAAGCAACACAUCCCAGAUAGAAUGCCAAAGGACCGUGUCACCUGCAGUCUCAAGGAGUGUUCCCUGUACUGCACACUCUAAAACAAAUAUGAAAGACUUGCAGGACAGUGUACACCACCACAGGGAAUAUCCAAUACCAACAAAUUUUCACUCAACAAAUGCGUCACUUUAUAGCAGUAGCACACCAUCAAGAAAUCUUUCACAGAGUGUGGCAUCCAACCAGCAACGACAUCCACAGAACCAAAGUAACUACCAGAUUUCAGGAAACCUCACUGUGCCUUGGAUAUCAGGAUGUUCCAGAAAGAGAACACUCCAGGAACGUACUCUGUUUAGUGACCAUGAUCUGGCUGCACUGAAAAAGUACUGGGACAAUGGUAUGACCAGUUUGGGCUCAAUUUGUAGAGAGAAAAUAGAAGCAGUUGCAGCAGAACUAAAUGUUGACUGUGAAAUAGUGAAGACUUGGAUAGGCAACCGGAGAAGAAAGUAUCGUUUAAUGGGUAUCGAUGUCCCACCACCACGAGGGGGUCCAGCUGAUUUUGCUGACCAGCCUGUUUCAGGUACAUCCCCCCUACUGGAUGAAGAGACUGGUCCUGAAGGAAGUGAAGAUAAUGACCAAAAUGAUGAGCUAUCUGUGUGCUCAUCUGAAGAAGAAUCCAGUGAAUUAGUUCAACGAGAUGAUGAUAGAGAACAGAAUGAUCGUAAUGUGACAUCAGCUGUUAAUGUGAAGAUAGAAGAACCUGAUGAUGAGGAUGACAUGAUCAGUAACUGUGAUGUAGAUCAGUUGCGUACACUCCUUGAAUUUAAGAAUGAAGAAGUUCGGUAUCUUGAAAGUGAACUGCAUAACUACAAACAAAAAUAUUUUGCUUUGCAAAAUUUUACUGCAAAGUUGAUUCUAGCUGUUAAAUCAAAUGACACAGAGCAACAACAGGCUCUGGUGUCCUGUUUACCUCCUGAAAUAGAAAACUUGGAUUUCAGCCACACAGCAUCUGACCAAGAUGAUACCUCACAAACCUCAAGCUCUGCAUCAGAGAAGAGUGCAUCAGAAAGCUUAACACUUUGAAGAAAAAAACUGUAUUCUGUAUCACUUUGUUUAACUGAUGAGUGGCUCAAAUUUAGUCUGAUUUUCCCAUUUGGGAACUCAAGACCUUCAUUUCAGUAUUCUGUACUGGAACUAAACAUAAUAGAGCUGCUUGUGAAAUGGAGAUACUCUGGUGUUUUAUAGUAUCAAUGAAAAAAGAGGUGAAGUGCUAGUGUGUUGUCUGAAACUGAACUUGCAGGCUUCCCAGUUUUGAUUAUAACAUUUGUCCUCGGCCUUAUUUGGUUUUGUGUGUGGAACAUUAAUAUGAAAAUUGACAUUAUGACUUCUCUCCCUUCUUAUUAGUCAUGUGGGAUUGAUGAUAACGUAGAACUGCUUGUCAAGUUCCAUUAAAAUGGUUACUUCUAGCACUACAACACAGUAAGUAUUAUUAAUAAAGCAUGAUAAAGUAUACAAGUAAAUAGAGCAACUCCCUUCCAGAUGAUAUUCCAGAGUAUGAGUUAUACCUCAUAGAAUGUUGAUUUUUAGAGACAUAGUGCAUUAGAUUCAAAUCAGUCACAAGUGAAAAAGCAUCACAUCAGAUUACAUCAGUCCAUAUCUUGCAUUUUCAGAAAGUGUGUUUUGUGUGUGACACAGGCUGUAAAAUCCAUGCCACAAACUGUAUCAUGCAGAAUGGAGUAACUCCGUGGGGAGCAUGUACAGUGCAUCUGCAUAAAACAGUGGAGGAGCUGAAGUGCACUAAACUUAAAAUGCCAGCAUGCUUUGUAAUGGUAGAGCCUGUUCAACAGUAAUACAGUGUCUUAGAUGCAUUACAAUUAGUGUAGGUGUAGUAUAUACACCUCAGGCUAUUAGCCUUGACAACGAUAGGAUCUUACAAUGGACAGUUCAGAAGGACCUGUUACAGCCUUGCAUACAAUAGCUCAGUUUGUAUCACACAGCUUAGAAUCUAUUAAGAGGAUGCAACAGCUUAAAUGCUGAUUGACUUUAUGUUAUGAUGUAAUCUCUGCUUGGCUACAGCUGUUGAUGGAGUAGGGUUUUGUAGACGAAAUCUGCAUACCGCUCAGUUUCAAAUCAGAAAAAAUAUUUUUUGCACACUGCUGAAGAGCACACUCCAUUACUUUUGGCAUGUUUUGUUUCUUUGUACAGUUUCUGAUAACAUUAAAUGAACAGCUGAGGGCAAACAUACACUACAUCUUAAGUACAAUAUUUUGUGUAUAAACACAUACUUACUACUCACUCUUUACUUCCAUUUAGGUUGUGGUACCAUAGGUUUAAGGACCUGGUGGGAGCAAAUGUUCUACUGGGAUGACACUGUUUUGUCACAGCUGCAUUGUGUAGUGCCUUAAGGCAGGCUUACAUAUACAAGUUUGUCAGGAACUACAUGUUUUCUUUGUCCCCACUUGUGAAACUGUGAAACUGUUAUGUCACUAAUGAUUACCUUUGUACUUUUUUGACAUAUCCUUAAAUUUCUUUGCUGAGUUUAAAGGUUUAUUUUUUAUCACAGUACCAUCCAGUUCAAGAUUAUGAAAAAGUUGUUUUCAAGUGAAGUUGCUCAUGAGAGGAGGUAGUCUGGUCACUUCCCAUCAAUGAAAUACCAUAUGAAGCUUUAGACCAUGGAUGUUCUUGAUUCCAGAAGUGAGUGUUCUCUGCUCCACCCAUAGUCAAAGAAAAAUCUGGCCCACUAGUGUUGUCACAUAAACUUUGUUGCCUGGAUGGCAGAUAAAGAAGUCAGUGACUCUGGAUGUUGUGUAGGUCAACUGAGAUGUGCAUUCUGACUGAAUUUUCUACAGCUAGUGAGUACCAGCAUGAACAGCAGCUUUCUUUGACUAGCUCAGUAGCAGCCCCUUUCAGGUAUGUGCGGUUAGCAUGUGUUAUGUUACAUUGAUCUCUUUGAAAUUAACUUUUAUUCUAUACUAAGCAUGACAUUGGCUGUUUACAUCACAGUAAUAUUUUUGUACAUACUUCAAAGAUGUUUUUAAUAAAUGCAACUUUUCAGUC